AUGCAGUUCUCCAUCGUUGCUCUCUUCAUUGGCGCCGCCAUUGCCACCCCGGUCGCCCUCUCCGGCGAGCUGGCCACCCGUGGCGACGGCCCCUGCGGCACUCUCCUCUACGGCAACCCCCACUGCUGCAGCAGCGAUGUCCUCGGCCUCCUUGACCUCAGCUGCAGUACCCCCUCGUCCGCCAACGACAUGGCCGACCUCAAGAAGUCCUGCGGCGACGAAGGUCUUCAGGCCCGCUGCUGCACGAUCAAUCUUGCCGGCCUCGGUGUCAUCUGCAAGGCGGCCUAA